AGGCUGCUCUCUGAAUUUGUAUAUGCUUUAAUCUGAUGACCCCCAAAGGAGAACAUCCGAGGGAAGACUCUCCAGCACCUCCAUCAGUGGAACAACUCUCCUACCGCUCAGUGAUGGCUAUCAACACUGAUGCAGCCUUCGAGAAAAGUGGCCUGGGCGAGAGGGAAGUCUCCAACCCAACCGACUUCCAGGACACCGAGAAGCUGCUGAGCAAAGCCCCCGCCGAGCCGACCGGGGAGAGCAACCUGAAACCCACCGACUCCUUCUCUCUGAACCUCAGAGGCAGCGUCCGGUCGCUGGACGCGGAGCAGAACGGACGCAGAUCCCCGCUGAAGUCGGGCUCUGUCGGGCACCUGACGGCCCCACCCAGAUCGGCUUCCCGGCUCAGCCUGGGCCAGCUCUCCUCCCCGGUCCCGCGGGGCUCUGAGCCCCCGAGUUACCUCUGGCUGGCCGUGCUGGCCUGCUUCUGCCCCGCGGUGCCGUUCAACAUCUGUGCCUUGUGGUACGCGAAUGUGUCGAGGUCAGUUCUCCACACGGGAGAUAUUGAAGGAGCAAGAAAGUAUGGGCGUCUAUCAAUGCUGUUCAGCGCGCUGGCAUUGGUGCUGGGUGUGGCUGUAAUCAUCUUCAUAGUGCUUACAAUAGAGCUCCAAGACUGAAUCAAGCCGAACGGGAAAGAGUUUCCUUUAACACCAGGUCCCACAUUUGCACAGAGGAAGAGGGAUCUCAGAUUGAAGAUGAGGGGGUGGGGGAGCCCAAAAUAUGAGUUGAAAAAAGUCUGAAGGAAAUCCAAUGUGCACAUUUUUUUCGAUUUUGUUUUUCUGCUCUGGACUAAAAGAAAAAGAAAAAAAAGAAAGAAAGAAAAAAAAAGAAAUGAGUAUGAAGAAAGAUGGUUUACGUCAUGUCUGCUUUCCAGGAAUCAGUCCUGCUUGACAUCCCCACAAACUCAGGAAUAAAGGAAUGAGGAUGAAACGGCAAAACCCCUCCAGAUAUCAAACUAGUGGGACUUUGAGGUAAAUAAACCCUAAGAAUUGAAGGUCUACCAUGAGAACAUGUGAGAUGGAGAGUGAGGAGACAGAAACGAAACCAAUGCAACCCCUUUCCUGCUUUGUUUCCUGGUUUGGCUUUUUAAAAAACUGCUACGAGGACUGACCGGACUUCUAUGGCUGAUGGGGGGAAAAAAAUCUGUUUACAAAAAGUUUAAAAUAGAGUUGCACCAAUCAGGUUUUUUUUUUUUUUUUUUUUUUGGCGUCUAAUCUCAUUUCAGUUCUUUAUGCUGCGGGUUCUUUGUAGUAGUUCUGAAUCCAACAUCAAACUUUUAUCUCCCAAAAGCUCCUCAUAGACCGUGCCGGUUUCUGCCAUUAUUAAUUAGGAAUCAGGGAGGCCGCACAAAAUCCUGGCCCCGGAGCCGGUACUUUGGACACCCAUGGUUUAAAGUAUGAAAUGGUGGUUUAUUUCGAUGCAUUUAAUCAAUGAAAAAAAAAAAAA